AUGAAGACAAUCACAUCUUUGGCCAGCUUGGUCGCUCUCGCUUCGGCUCUUUUUGCAAUGAGUGCUUCCGCCGAUCACCAUUUUAUCGACUUUUAUCCAAUUAAUAGCGGUGUCAAAUCCAUGACAGGUCAAAUGCAAGUACCAAGCACCGAUAUCAACAGCGGCAUUCCAUAUUUGUGGCCUGGUCUUCUGGCUUCUGGCAACAAUGGUGUCUUACAGCCAGUCUUGGAUGGAAGAGAUGGUCACUGGAUCUGGGGUAACAAUUAUGUCGAUAGCGAUAAUUCAUACACUGGCGCAAAUGGAUCGGUACCUGCUCCCCUUUCAAGUACAUUAAGCUAUGUAUUACAAAACUCAAACGACGGCAAAAAUAAUUGGUACUCUGAAGUAUCGAAUGAGAAUGGAGACAAAGCAAGUUACAACUUUGAAAUCGGUAAAUCCAUGACACAAACAGUUUUUGACUGUGAAUUGUACAAUGUCGAUUGGAACUUUGGUGAUGUCGUUUUCACGAAUACCGAAGUCGUGGCCUACGGUUCAGACUUGAGCUGGUGCAAAGAUUCACCUUACUCGAGCUCCGUCAACUACAAGAUCGAAGGUCUCUCCUCAAGCACAGGGGAUGGUACUGUGACAUGCAAGAUCGACAAAGUCACCUUGUCACCUCCCUCCUAAGAGCUUCUUUGGGGAGUUUGAAUAACUCCUAAAUUCUAAAAAUACUUUAUAUUUCCGUGUAACUACUUUUGGCGUCUUUCAUCUGAGAGAGGAACGAUGAU